AUGGCGGAAGCUUCCCAUACAUUGCAAAAAGGUGCUGUUGUCCAGCACACCGCCAAAGCCCAUAACCUGAAAGGUCAACUGCCUGAAGGGAGCAUGGAAUCUUUGGCAACAACCAUUCGUUUCCUCACGCUGAACUGCCGAACACUAUCGAGGGCGUCCGUCAUCAGCAUCGAAAAUUACACCAUAUACUGCGGCGAUGCUGAUGAGAACAAAGUAGGUGGCUGCGCGAUAGCUGUGAGGAACGAUUACAAGAACCUGGUGGAAGAAUUUGGCUCAACGUCGUCUAGAUGCGCUUUUUUACGACUGCGGGAUCGCAGAGGACGUAAACUCUGGAUCAAAGCUCACGCACCUACGGAAACCGCUGAGGACAACACUAAGGACGCCUCCUCUGAUGAACUCCAUGCGUUGAUGUCUAAAAUACCAAGCCAGCAGGUGGUCAUUGUCGGAAUCGACGCAAAUGCGAAGAUGGGACUCGAACAGCAAUCCGAUGUGCUAGGAAAAUGGUACUAUCCAGCGGAGCGCACGUCGGACAACGGUGACCGUCUGGUCGACUUGUGCGUACAGACGGGCCUCAUCAUCGCUUCCACGUUUAAAAGGAAUCAUCGACGCCAUCAGCUCACGUGGCAGAGGUUAACCCUUUUAACGCCUGAAGAGCAGCGCAAGCGAAAGAUGAGGACUCUUAAACUUCAGCUCGACUACGUUCUGGCGAGGAACAUUCCUCAGUCAGAUAUCCGGAAAUCUAGAGCUGUUUGGGACGUCGCGUUCGACUCUGACCACCGUCCAGUUCUUCUCAGCUUCAAGAUACGGUUCCACAAGAGAAACCGAGGAGUUCCUCUUCAACCGAAAAUCGACAUGGCAGGUCUGAAAGACGAUGAAUGCAGAAGAAAAUUCCGUCUACGUGUGUCUAUUCAUGUUGGAGUACGGACCAGGAAGAAGCUUAGCGAUGCGGAUUCCUUCACAAAGUGCAUCCAGGACGCUACAAGGGAAACGCUCCCGGUUCUAUUGCCGCGGAAGAAGUUCGCCUUUGCAUCUGCGGAAACAAAAUCCACAUACAAUUCUGUAUGUGUCGCGCGCAGCGCUGGUGACUUCAACCAGAAAAAGCGUCUUAGAAGGAAGCUGCGUCGUGAACUGCAACAAGACCGCGAUAACGAGUGGACGUCAAGAGCGAUGGAGUUUGAGAAGGCGUGGGAGGACAGGAACCCGCGAAAAGCCUAUGAUCUACUAAAACAGUAUAGCGGCAAAAUGAAAAGAUGUUCCACUUUCCUCAACACUGCCAAUGGGGUAGCUGUUGGUAAAACAACCCUUCCAAUUUGGAAGGAACACUUCAAGACCUUGCUGAACCGGCUAGCACCGUCAGCUCCUGAACUCGAACACGUUCAUAAACCGACAUAUGCGGUUAACGAGGAGCCAGGGACCGAGUCGCAGGUCCUUGUCUGUAUUCAAAAAAUGAAGAAUGGAAAAUCUGGUGGAGACGACGGGAUUAGCGCAGAAAUGCUAAAAUAUCUUCCUCCGUCUGGGAUUCGUGAGAUGACAAAGAUCAUCCGCUCAAUAUGGAUAGACGAAAGGAUACCCGAUUCGUGGAGAUACGCUAUCAUAAUUCCCCUCCACAAGAAGUUAUCCGUCACGGACCCCAGGAAUUAUCGAGGAAUCUCUUUGCUGCGUGUUAUGUACAAGGUAUUGGAGCGCAUUAUCCUGGACCGACUCAUUAAACGUCGCGAAGAAACAACGCGCGACGAGCAAGCUGGCUUUCGUCCUGGCCGAUCUACGAUUGACCAGGUGUUCAUCGUCAGGAGAGUGAUCGAAAUCUGGCAGCGGUAUUCGAAGCCAAUGCAACUGGCGUUUCUGAACUUUGAAGCCGCGUUCGACUCCCCUCACCGAGGCCGUCUUCUCAACGCGCUCCGCGCCAAUGGAGUACCAGGAAAGUUCCUUCGCUUGCUUGAUGACAUGAAUCAACGAACAACAACUGCUGCAGUUCGAACACCAGCCGGAUGUACAACACCGUUUGAAGUGCUGGCUGCAGCCUAUGCCGCCUACGCCCUGAUAAAUGCAAGCAGAUGUGGAUCUCUUCGAGACCUCGAACGGGAAUCAGGGCUGUACACUGAAGAACAAUGGCAGCUAGAUGAGAUGUUAGAGAUGUUCAGCAAAGAUGCGUCUGCAUUUAACUCCUUAACGAAAUGCCUGUGGUCGACCCCCAUCACCAACGAAGUCAAGCUGCGAGUCUACCUAUCCGCAAUUCGCCCCAUCAUGAUGUACGGAUCGGGGACUUGGUCAGCACCAUCAACGGUUAUGGAGAGGCUUGACUGCACGGAACGAAAGCUGCUUAGACGGCUACUUGGCUACUUUUGGCCUAGGGUAUGUCACAAUGAAGAUCUUUACGCAGAAAUUGAUGUGGUAUACCGGCGGAUGACACGUAGAAAACAUCAUCAUCUUGCACCGCCAUCGAAAGUGGCUAAAGUAAAUCGUCUUCGCUUCUUUGGUCAUAUAUUAAGGAGACCGGCAGAUCGCUUUGUUCAGCGAGUUCUGAGGAGUUCGUCGAGUUCGAGCUGGAAGAAGCCACCUGGCCGAAAACGGAAGUUCUGGACUGAGGCGGUGAAAGAGGAACUGAGGACACUCGGCGUGGAUAGGCAGUUCAGGCGAGACGUAAGGUUUCGCAGAAUAUGGAAUAGCGACGAAUGGAUUGAUUCUGUGCAAGCUCUCGCAGAAGAUCGAGAAGGUUGGGCAGAGCUGUGUUCAAGGACGGCACACCUCGGCGAAGAUGCGGUACUGAAGGCGAAAAAUCUUUUAAAUCCGGAGGUAAGAAAAGAAGACGUGGACGAAAAUACGUAUGUAACCCUUAUUUCCUCUCAUCUGUUGUCAAUGUGCGUUGCUUUUGUCAUUUCUGGAUUAACCUGUACACUCUUUGACUUCUAUAGAAGAUGA